ACAUUAAAUAGCAUGGAUCCGACACGAGAAUAGCGGAAGGGUUAGAAAUUAUACAAAAAUCAGAUUUUUCUCGGACAAAUUAGGAAACAAUCGUAAAAUGCACGUUUAUAAGUUAACUGGGGUGCAAUAUGCAUGUAUUUGUGUGUCAGUUAGUGUAUCGCUAGGCAUGGCUGCGCACGCGCGCGUCGCCGUGGUGGCCGCCCUCGCCCUGCUGGCCCGCAUCGCAGCGACCGACACCACCGGCCCCUGCUCGCUGUAUAACUCCUCGGAUAAUGUGAUACAUGAAUUAACUGACGCAGAAUACUACGCGAUGCCCAAGCUGUUCGAUCUGGACGACUACGAGUCCUGUCUGAGCAGGCGAGAGGUGUACUGCAUGGGCAGCUUCGAGCUCUCCGCUCCACCGGAUAACCAGCUGUUCCAAGUCAUGACGGGCUGGUCCAACAAGUGGGUGGACAACUACAACCACACGCUACUACACCGCGGCGUGUGCGUAUCGCAGCGCUGUCCACACCUGGCCAAUAAACACAAUGCUCAUUUGGAUACCUGGUUCGAAUCAUGUGUAAACGAGAGCACCACAUGGGACUACAACAUAACUGCGCAGCUGUACCACUUGGACUACUGCCAGCGGGGCCCCCCACGGGAGGCCCCGCUGUCCGCCAAUCAGAGAGCAUUUGCUGCCGUGUUCAGCGCAGUCCUGGCGAUAGCCGCUAUAAGCACUACCUUGGAUUUGACACUAACUGACCACACAAAAAAAGAUUAUGGCUGGGCACUCUCUUGGUCGGUCCGUCGCUCGUGGCGUGACCUCAUCGCGCCGAUCCCCUCCAGCUCAUCAGCUGACCUUCGAUGCUUCAACGGCCUUCGCGUCUUCUGCAUGAUGUCCAUCCUACUGGAGCACGUCGCUUGGCUCUCCAUCCAAACAUAUACCUCUAAUACAAGGUAUUUGGAACAGUCUCGCAGUUCACCUGACACCCUGCUGAUGACCAACGGCACGCUGGUGGUACAGAACUUCUUCGUGAUGUCGUCGUUCCUGCUCGCACAGAAACUGUUGCGGCAGCGUGAAAAAGUAUCCAUGGUGAAGACCUUCUUCAGCACCAUGAUUAAUAGGAUUGUUAGGAUCAGUCCCAGCUACUUCCUCGUGAUGUGGUUCGUGACGACCUGGUGGGAACGGCUGGGCGUGGGGCCGCUGUGGGCGACCUCCGUGGUAGGCGAGGCGGAAGUUUGUCGCCGCAAGUUUUGGACGCAUGUACUCUACGUGAACAAUGUUGUCCAUCCGGAAGAUAAAUGCAUGAUACAAACGUGGUACCUCGCAGCAGACAUGCAGCUGUACAUAGCUGGGCUGCUGCUGACCCUGCUGCUCCGCGGGCGCCGCAUCGCCACGUUGCUGCUGGCAGCUCUGUUCCUCAUCUUCACCGCCAUGAACUUCGCAAUGUCGUUCACGUGGCGGCUCGUGCCUAACUUCGUGCUGCAUCGGCCAGAGGCAAUCCGUUCGGGAUACGCAGGGGAAAAUGCCUUCGACAUGAUCUAUCAAUCUCCGGUGGGCAACGCGCCCGCCGUGCUCGCCGGCCUCUUGCUGGCGCACCUGCACUACCAGCUGAGGGACAGUGGAGUGCGCAUCACCGAAUAUAAGUUAUUCCGCUGGAUAUCGAUCCUGAGCGCCCCAGCGGCGCUGUGGUGGGCGGCCGUGGAGCCGCUGCUGGCAGGCGGCGACGCGCGCGGCGCGCAGGCCAACGCUCUAGCUGCUUAUGAGAGACCCGUCUUCCUUCUGUUUGUUGUGUUGGCGCUUUUGGGCGCUAUCAAUGGGGUUAAGUCCCCCUGGCGUUCAUGGUUAUCCCACUUGGGCGGGAUUCUACCGCGUCUCUCCUUCGGUGCGCUGCUGCUGCAUCUGCCCCUCUACAAAAUCUUCCUGGCCACCAGAACGGCGCCGAUUCAAUUCGACCGAUGGUCUACGCCAUUCGAGUGGUUCGGUAUCAGCGUGGUCUCCUACAUCGCUGCGAUACCGCUCGCCCUGCUGGUGGAGCUGCCGGCGCAAACGCUUUACAAGGAGCUCACGACACGACGACGGGAAGAGCACGACCCGACACGGGAGAAGCUAGAUAGGAACGAUAUGUGAUACAAUUGUACCAUUUACAUUUAUGUUCUUUGAAGCCCCUUACAUGUGCUCUUUAUAGGCGUAUCUCCGAGACCUCACUCAGUCGGACGCCGAAAACUAUGGUGCUAAUGUGUAAGAUCUGUCUGUCGAUUGAAUCUCUUAGAUUUUUUAAGAAAAUGUAAUGCAUUCGAUUUGCUUCGGACAGAUAAUAACUAGUGAGGAAUGUUGUGUAAAAGCAAUAUUUUUACCUAUUUGUCUACCAGUGCUAUAUUUAUUAUAUUAAGUGGUAAACGAAUUCGUAACCUUAAUCGAUUGGCGAUUUUUAAAGCUCUAUGCACUUAGCAUAGAGCAUUAAAAAUCUGCUAAAUGUAAAAACUACAAAUUCGAUCUUUGUGAAUAAAUGAAAAUUGACGUCUUUGUUUCCUGUAAAUAGUCGACUGCUGAAAAAUUAAGUGUGCUUUUUGUUACCAUAAUAUAUUUAAUUAAAUCUUAUUUUAUUCAUAAGUUUAAUGCAAUAACAUAGUAUUAUGUGUGGGGUUGUAAGCGUAAUUUAAUGCCUUAGAUAAGUGGAGAGAUACUUGAAUUAUUAUUGUAUUUUUCAGUAAACAAAGAAUUUCGUAUUUGAGACUCCCAAUUUAGUUUUAUUGCUUUUAUCAGUCUAUCACUAAAUUUACAAUUAAGGCUCGAGAUGGUUUAUUGCAAAAGUAUCUUAAUUUAAAUAAUACAUUUGAUCCACAUAAUGAUGAUAACUUAUGUAGAUAGUUAGACUGAAGUCUCUAAAGCGGUGCCUAGUAUGAUUAAGGAAUUAAAAUCUUAUAA